AUGGCGGUGGCGGAAUACGUUCGAGGCAAGGCAUUGCAAAAUGAUAUCCCAGCUCCAAAGGGCGGCAAAUAUGUUUCAGGCAACCCCUCCAGGGAACUCAUGGCGAAUAUGGCCAGAGUUAAAGUGCCAACGACGAGAUUGAGUGAGACACCCUCAUCUGCAGCUGGGACUACUGGGGAACAUCGACCAGUCACAGCAAGCAAAAUCCGAGGUCAGACCACGGGGUUCCAAGUACCAACAAGCCAAGCAACACCAAAGGAUAUAUUUGAUACUGAUGUGGAAACUGUCGAUGAUUCUACUACCACAGUUGCGAGCUUCAUUCGAGAGAAAGAUGGUCGCAAGCGUGAUUUCCAGCUUGACCCAGCCCCUCCUCAAGUUACCAGUCAGGAUGAGAAUGACUUGCCAUCAAAUGUUCAGUAUAGCCAGGGUAAUUCCCGUGGUCGAAGUGCGCUGGAGGAGAGGAUGAUUAUGGAGCUUGGCUCUGAUCCAGAAUACGUGCAUGAGGAUAUUAUAGUGCCGCAAGAUACACAUAUGCAAGGCGAUGAGGCCCAAACUGGAGAUGAGGAUGACUUUGAUGGAGAUGAUGCCCAAUUAUUUGAUUGGAGAAACAACAACGAUACCAAUGGAGAGCCUCUCAGUUGGCAGAAUAUCGAAGCGGUCCUGCGCGAUACCAAAGCUCCCCUGCCCGUGCAAAACCUGCAGCAGCAAAUCAACAUUAAUCCGCGUUCUGUCCCUAAGCAAUCGGAUUACGAGAGUUACUCGGACAGUAAUAUGUAUAUGCCUAAACCAACGCAGAGAAAUUCUACUGGUGGUCGGCUCCUGACGAGAUCUCGUUUUGGCACCCCAAAUCCGCGUGGUGGAGCUCCCCUUGAUGGGGAAAAAUUCUUUGGUACACGGCCAAUUCCACAAACGUCACCCUCCCGCACGGUCAUUUUAUCCCCACAGUCACAACAUGCUUCUCAACCAAACAUUACAAAACCCAACAAACCCAACUCUCUACAAUCGAUACAUGACAACCAUGAUCCUUACAGCCGCGGUGGUCUCUUCGACAUCACAGAUCUAAGUGCCCUAGACAGUUCUUCAUCCGACAACAGCACAGACAAUCAGCAGACAUAUACAUCUCUACGCCUGUCCACGCUAUCCUCUCUCUCCACCAAACGCCCCUUGGACGAUUUCCCAUCUGACUAUCCCCCAAACAUCUUGGAAACAAAAACUUUUGCUGACCUCCAAGCGGAAUCAUUCGAUUAUAACCCAGCCGCUCCGCAGCUUAUCUUCCAGCCGCAGGAUCCACCCAUCGCACUUUCAGAGAAACUCACUCGACUAAAGGUAUUGACGGACGAGCAGCGCCAAACAUUCUUCGCAUCGCUGAAGCUCACGGAGUGGGAAGAGAGCGGCGAUUGGAUCAUUGAACAGUUUAGCCUCCUGCUUCAACGUACGAAAGAGGCCAGGCGCGAACGCCGGAAAGUGGCUACUUUGUGGAAGGGAAAGGGAUCGGCCAGAGAUUAG